GUUCAGGUUGUGUCGCGUCGUUAGUUUUGGGCGUGAGCCCGAUCAAAGGUCGAGUUUCCGCAGGUGCACUGUAAGCAGAGAGCUGCUGGCACUCUUUAACGCGAGUGGUCCAACUUAUCUAGCAAGCUAUCGUGGGGCGAGGCUUUGACACCAUCUAUUGAACAUGAGUCAGACGCGAAUGUCACAGUGAACGUUCACCGCGAAGAGCGCGUUUCUUUGGUCAACUUUAUUCUUCUUUGGUCAACUUAAUUCGUCCCACAACAGAAUAACAAUGCCGAAGCCUAUCAAUGUCCGCGUCACUACAAUGGAUGCUGAGCUGGAAUUUGCAAUCCAGUCAGCUACGAUGGGCAAACAGCUCUUUGAGCAGGUGGUUAAGACAGUAGGCUUGCGUGAGGUGUGGUACUUUGGUUUACAGUACACAGACAACAAAGGCUUUCUUACAUGGCUAAAACUGGACAAAAAGGUGUCCUCUCAAGAGAUGAAGCAAGAGAACCCUCUUCAGUUUAAGUUCAGGGCCAAGCACUACCCAGAAGAUGUGGCUGAAGAACUCAUUCAGGACAUCACUAAAAAGCUGUUCUUCAUGCAAGUGAAGGAUGCCAUUUUGACCGACGAGAUAUACUGCCCCCCAGAGACAGCUGUUCUGCUGGCCUCCUAUGCUGUCCAAGCCAAGUUUGGAGAUUACUCAAAAGAAACCCACAAAGGUGGAUACCUUGCAUCUGAGCGAUUGCUUCAGCAAAGAGUUGUUGACCAGCACAAACUCUCUAAAGAUCAAUGGGAGGAGAGGAUCCAGAUUUGGCAUGAGGAACAUAUAGGCAUUAUCAAGGAAGAUGCCAUGCUUGAAUAUUUAAAGAUCUCACAGGAUUUGGAGAUGUACGGUGUCAAUUACUUUGACAUAAAGAACAAGAAGGGAACAGACCUCUGGUUAGGUGUGGAUGCUCUGGGACUUAAUAUCUAUGAAAAGGAUGACAGGCUGACUCCAAAGAUUGGAUUUCCAUGGAGUGAGAUACGGAACAUUUCAUUCAAUGACAAGAAAUUCAUAAUCAAACCCAUCGACAAAAAAGCUCCUGACUUUGUGUUUUAUUCAUCUCGCUUGCGCAUUAACAAGCGCAUUCUGCAGCUGUGCAUGGGAAACCAUGAACAUUACAUGCAGCGCAGAAAACCUGAUACCAUUGAGGUGCAGCAGAUGAAGGCACAAGCUAGAGAGGAGAAACAUCAGAGACAGAUGGAAAGAGCCCUGCUUGAAAAUGAGAAGAAGAAAAGGGAGGCAAUAGAGAAAGAAAAAGAAAGGGUAGAAAGAGAGAAGGAAGAGAUGAUGCUGAAAUUGUAUAAAUAUGAAGAACAGACCAAAAAGGUUGAGAAAGAUCUGGAAGAGCAGCUUGAGAGGGCCCGGAAACUGGAGGAGGAGAGAAGGAGGGUAGAGGUAGAGGCGGCACGUCUGGAGGUUGAACGACAGGCAGCACUCAUAGCCAAAGAAGAAUUUGCCAGGAAAGCUGAAGACCAGAUGAGAACACAGGAGCAGUUGUCAGCAGACCUGGCCGAGUACACAGCAAGGAUUGUUCUACUGGAAGAGGCCAAGAGAGUCAAAGAAGAGGAAGCCAGCGAAUGGCAAAACAGGGCUAAAGAGGUACAGGAUGACCUGAUGAAGACCCGUGAGGAGUUGCAGAAUGUGAUGGCGUCUCCUGUUGCUGCACCGAUGGCUGCUCCUGUUCUGGCUGCGAUGGAGGUACCUUCAGAAAGGCUUGAGAAUGAUCAUGAGGAUCAUGAGGAGAACAGUAGCACCCACAGUGCUGAGCUCCUUGUGGAUGGCAUUGAGGACCACCGCAAUGAGGAAGAGCGCAUCACAGAAGCAGAAAAGAAUGAACGUGUGCAGAGACAGCUUCUGGCCCUGAGCUCCGAGCUGGCUGAAGCCCGAGAUGAUUCUAUGAAGACUCAGAAUGACAUUCUGCACAAUGAAAAUGUACGAGCCGGAAGGGACAAAUACAAGACGCUUCGUCAGAUCCGUAUGGGCCAAACCAAGCAGAGAAUAGAUGAGUUUGAAGCAUUGUAAGGGCCUCUGACAUCUCUGAAUAACCUUUACCAAAGCAAGCACUGCUCAUGCCCCUCAUUGCUGUUCAGGGGUGAAUAUUUUUAGAAUUAUCAUACAUGGUUUCACUUUGUAUUUGGUGUUAAAAUGACUGGACUAUUUGCAUAGUGACUUAUGUGAAUAUGAUAAUACAUGCUAUAAAAGUAUAUUUUAUUCUUUUGACAAACAUGUACAACAUACAACGUUUUUCUGGAAGACGUUAAAUUAUUUAUACAUUGUUCAGAUUUGACCACAGCACCUUUGUGAUCUUAUUUAUGCUGAUUUUGCCAAAGCUUUUGGAUCUUUUGUGAUCUUUGUAGCUGGGGCUAAUUUAUCUGAAACUGUAUGCUGCUUAUGGGGGUUUCUUGAUUAACAUCAGUUCCCGUCAAAAUAGUAGAAGCAAGUGCAAAAAUACAAUUAUUUAAGAUGAUAGAAACACUUCAAUGUGAUCAAACAGUGGCCACAACAAACAAGUAAAUGUUUUUUGAUUAAAGAUUUUCUGUAUAAUAAAUAAGAAUUGUUUACAUUGUUCAAUGUAAUAUCUUGAAAUAAAUAUAUGAUUUAUUUGAAA